CAUUGCCACUAGGCCAAAUUCCGAUCCUGGAGGUCGAUGGCACGAUAAUUGCUCAGAGCGGUGCAAUGGCACGCCACGUUGCCAGGGAACAUGAUCUUUACGGUAAGGGUAAUAUGGAAAUGACCAUGGUGGAUGUGGUCCUCGAAACCCUCAACGAUUUUAGUAAAGAAAGAAUGAAAUCGCUUUUCGAAAAAGACGAAGAGGAAAAGCAAAAACUUACGAAAGUCUUUGAUGGCGAGACAGUACCACGCUUUCUGGCGGUCUUCGAGAAAAUGCUUGGAGAAAACGAUUGGAUGGUUGGAUCAAAGCUUUCGCUUGCUGAUCUAGCAGUGUUCAACGCGUUUGAGGCCAUAGCUAAGACGGUCAUGGAAGAAAGCGGAAAUGAUAUCUAUGCUGGGUAUCCCAAACUAAAAGUGCAUGCUGACCGUGUCAAGUCCGUCGAACAUGUCAAAAUAUGGCUGGACACUCGUCCUAAAACUAAAUUUUAACUGGACAAUAUCACGGAAGUGUAAAUAUAACUUGUGUUGAAUGUUCGUUAACAAACAAAAGAGUGUUUCAUUGAGUAUUCAUCACAUCUCGUUUAGUUUUGAUGUUCUAAUGUGAUAGAUUAUCUGGUACAAUGGUUAUUUGCCCACAGCCCGAUUUAACACUAACUUCGUAACGAUCGCAGUAUCUCUGACGAUUACUCAGUGCUGAGGCUUAGAAAAACUACUAACUUCAUGUUCCUAUCAUGGGUCUAUUGUAAGGUUCAUUUAUUGACCAAUUAAAAUGUACUAUGUAACAAAAA